AUGGCACUCACACCCGCUACGAGCACUCCUUCAUUUUCCGUCUAUCCCACUUACGCUCCAUCACCUACACCAAGCUUCACAUGCCCGGAUUGUUUCUUUGGAGCAACUUCCGCCACGCUUCAUUCAUUCCCAUACACAUUCGUGGCGACCAUCACGGAGCACGUCUUCCCGAUCGUCGAGAUCUAUCCCAAUGGAACCGUGUGCACGGAGUAUAGCACAUCAACCGAAUUCCCGACCGUCACUGAUCCGCACCUGCUCAAUGGCCCGACGUUUUCAGACGAGAGUCAAAUGACAUGGACUUUUGCGAACUAUUCAAUGGCGUAUCCGAACACUUACGUCCAAUACUUGGGCUUUGAGCGAGACUCCUUCACAGCAACACCUGCAAUCAUCGACGGAGCAAGCGUCUGCACUGGGAGCAUGAGCACAACUGCCGUUCAUCUUCCCCCUCAGACCACAGCUGCUUCAUUCAUAUUCCCGCUCACCGCAACGCCUUCCACAACCACUUCCGACAACACCCUCUACUUUUCCGUCCCAGUCGCUCCUCAGCUUGUCGAAUACUUGGAAGGCCUGUCCGAAGAUCCUGCAUGUCUGGGCCUCGAGAGCAUCAAGCAAUGCGCCGCCUUGCAGACAUCCUACGUAAAUUUCCGGGGUCCAAUCGAUGCACCUACUCUGACUCUUUGCGAUACCACGUAUUCGACCAUAACUUCAACAUCUCCGUGUGGAUGUUCAACCUCUUCGCCUCCCAGCGUCACGAAUAUCCUUCAUUGCAGCUUUGUCAAGCAGCAGCACGUCCCCAAUAAGGCGGCAAACCCGGAUCUUGGGGGAGAAGAGGCUAUGAGACCAGCAACCACUAUAGAACAGCAGCCUUCAGAGUCGGGCCGGACUGGACCUACGUUGUCUCAGCAGAACUGA